AUGCCGCCAGAUGAAACGAUUGUAAAAAAUAAUUUUACAUCAGACAAACAAAACAAAAAUAGAAAAAUAUUAAAUCCACAAGCCAAAGAAUUAAUUUUAAACGUUGUAAAUUUUAUGAAGCAAGAAGCAAAUGGUAAUUUUAUAAUUCCAGCAAGAAAAGUACAGUGUCGUGUUGCUGCGGCUACUGGAUUCUCCGAGCGAACUGUACGUAGAAUAGUUAAAGAAUCUAAAACUUUAUUGAUGAUUAAAAAUACGACAGGUGAAAACAAGAGUAUUAUUUUUCCUCCGAGAAAAAUUACCAAUAGGCAAAAGCCCAAAACUGGAUUAGAUAAAUUGACACGCUGUGUAGUUCGUAAAAUAAUCCACGGUAGUAGCAGAUCUACUCAUAAAAUUAUCAAAGAGGUUGGAUUUUAUUGGAAGAAGAGUAGUAAUACUAAAAACUUUGUUUUGGUCGAGAAAAGCGAAAUCAGACAAAAAAGAGUAGAAUAUUUAAAAGACGUUAAUAAAUUUAGAAAGGAAGGAAGAACUGUAAUAUAUGUAGGCGAUUUGUUCAUAUCAAAUUUAGAUAAAAACAAAUUGGAAGAAAAUUUUAUAUUAAUUCAUGCAGGAGGAGAAACAGGUUUCAUACCUAAUGCACUUUUAAUAAUACAAACAUCUAAUUUAAAAGAAGAUUAUUUUAAAGAGUUGUCAGAUCAUUAUCAGUUUUGGAUAAAAAAUAAAUUAAUUCCUGCUUUACCUCCUAAAUCGGUGGUGGUCAUAGAUGGAGUUAUAUAUCAAAAAAUACAAUUAGAAAAAAUUCCAAAUUUAGAUUCCUCUGCAGAUGAUAUGAAACAAUGGUUACAUUUGAAAAACAUUAGUUUUUGCGAUGACAUGAUGAAACCAGAACUUUAUGACCUUAUUAAAAUUCAUUCUUCUAAAUUUCGUAAACAAAAAGGUAUCAUUGAACAAAUGCUUAUGGAAAGAGGUCAUUCUAUUUUGAAAUUACCUCCAGAUCAUCCUGAUUUAAAUCCCAUUGAUCUUAUGUGGGCAGAUAUGAAAACUUUUUUGAUAGAUAAUAUAAAAACAUUUGAUUUAAACAGUUUAAAAAUCCUAUGUCAAGAAAAAAUAAACAAUUUCGCAUUGGAAACAUGGCUGAUGAAAUGUAAUUUAGUUAAAAAUGUAGAACUUCAAUAUUUGAACAGUGAAAUUAUAAGUGAAUAA